UAAUUAUGAGUAGUGGAUGGAGGAGUGCUGGGCUGAAGGGAGGGUGCAGGGAAGGUACCCCAAGGACCAGCGCGGUUCCGCUGACGCUCUCCCCUUGGCACUUGCAGCGAGCAGCUUGGCCAUGGCACCGUGCAGGACUGGGCCCGGCUUGGUGGCUGCCUGGGGCCCUGACAGCCAUGUAUGGAGCAGCAGUGCAGGAGUGAUGGGCUGAACCCAUGGCAGGAAGCAGCACCUGUUCAGGCGGGCGCCCAGCAGCCUGCUGGGAGGCGUGAAGGCCCAUUCCAGUGGGGGCAUGGCCAAAGCGUUCUUCAGGCUGCAGAAGUUCCUUCGGCGGACCCAGUUUCUGCUCUUUUUCCUGACUGCCGCGUACCUCAUGGCUGGCAGCCUCCUGCUGCUGCAGCGCACCCGCCUCGCAGCCCAGCAGGGACCACGCGGGGCCUCAGGCCUGGCACUGCCAGGGCCAGACACGGGGCCGGGAGCCAAGGCUGCAGACCCUCGCCUGGCGCGUAGCCCUGGUGCCCAGCUCCCCCUGGGAAAGGACACGCUGCCAGGGACAGAACCGCAGCACAGCCUGCGCUGGAUGGCACCUCGCAACUCAGAGCUGAGGUGGCUGCGGAGGAGGUGGUUCCACAGGUUCAUUGGUGACCAGGAGCCCAUGCAGACUGCGGGACUCAGAGCCACGAGGGGUACCGCCGAGCACAAAGGCACCUACGUGGGCUGCUUCAGCGAUGACUCGAAGGAGAGGACACUGAAGGGAGCUGUAUUCUACGACUUACGAAAAAUGACAGUGGCUCACUGUCAGGAGGCGUGUGCUGAGAGGGCCUAUGCCUACGCAGGUCUGGCGUAUGGAGCGGAGUGCUACUGUGGGAACAAGCUCCCAGCCACCGCCUGCAGGCCCGAGGAAUGCAACAGCAAGUGCAAGGGCGAGAAGGGCUCAGUGUGCGGCGGAGUGAACCGGCUGUCAGUCUACAGGGUGGAGGAGCUGCAGGCAGCGGCACCACGACGGAGGAAUGUUAUCUAUCGAGGAUGUUUUAGAGCUCCAGAAAAUUUAACAGACACCUUUCCAGCCUCUUUGAUACAGCCCAAUUUGACGGUGGAGAUGUGCUCUGAAUUUUGCUCCAAGAAAGAGUUCCCCUUGGCAGUGAUCCGGGGGCAGGAGUGCUACUGCGGGUACCCCACGGUGCGCUUCCCACUGCGGCACGGCGCGGACCGGCGGCUGUGCAGCGCGAUGCCCAAUGCCAGCAGCGCUGCUGCAGGGGGGUACUGCCAGGCCUACCAGACCCCGGUGCAAGACACCCGCUGUACAGACAGGAAAUUCCUCACCACAAAAUCCAAAGGGUUCAUUGCUUUGUCAAGCUUCCCAGGGGCUGGCAACACGUGGGCUCGCCAUUUGAUCGAGCAUGCCACGGGAUACUACACAGGCAGCUACUACUUCGAUGGAGCCCUCUACAACAAAGGCUUUAAAGGAGAAAAAGACCACUGGCGAAGUAGACGGACCAUCUGCGUGAAAACACAUGAAAGUGGCAAGACGGAGAUUGAAAUGUUUGACUCUGCUAUCCUGCUGAUACGAAACCCAUACAAGUCACUCAUGGCAGAGUUCAACAGGAAAUUCGCUGGGCAUCUGGGCUACGCUGCAGACCGCAACUGGAAGAGCAAAGACUGGCCAGAUUUCGUGAACAGCUAUGCCUCCUGGUGGGCCUCCCAUGUCCUGGACUGGCUGAAGUACGGAAAGCGUCUGCUUGUCAUCCACUAUGAGGACCUGAAACAAAGCCUCAUCCCCAAGCUGAAGGAGAUGGUGGAGUUCUUGAACAUGACAGUGACGGAGGACCGUCUGCUCUGUGUCGAGAACAACAGGGAUGGGAACUUUAAGCGGUCUGGUGCUAAGCAAAAAGAUUUUGAACCAUUCACCCAAGAAAUGAAAGAUCUUAUCAACAGAUACAUCCUGACAGUGGACGAGGCCCUGAGGGGAAGAAACUUCACAGGGCUGCCCAGAGAGUAUGUGCCAAGAUGAUAGCAUGGCAGCACUCAACCGUGCUUAAAAAUAAUUUUUUAAGGAAAAUGAGACUAGACCUUUAUAGCAGCUAAAGCAAAGAUACUUGGGGAGUCUCCUGAGCAAUGCAAAUUCUCUCCACUCUGAGGUGUUAUUCAGGACACUAGGUGUUCCAAAAGGCAAACAGCAGAUAGAAUUUGGUUGGCAGAACAAGGCCAAGCCACCACCAUCUGCCUACAGGUGCUGCUCUACACAUAGACAGCCAGAGCCUCACGGCAGAGCUCUGGUGCUCCUUGCUGAUGGGGAUUUCAUGGCUAUCGGUUUGGAAGCAGGCGUACGCAAAGGAGGAAAAAAGUGGCAACACCGAUAAACAAUUUUCAUCUGAGCACUUCAGAAAAAUCUGUUUCUUUCUUCUCAGCACAGCCCACGGCUUCCCUCUGCAGGGCCAUCGGCCUGGCCCAGCCUGGCCCCAUGCUCUCACCAGCCACAGCCCAGUGAUGGAAUAGAGGUCUGCACAGCUGCUCACUGCCCCUGUGCCAGGAGUUGUGCUGGGGAACACCCAGUGAGCAGCACAACUGGAGGGACUGCGAGGCACUUCUGUUCAUGUGAAAUAAGGGAUUCCUUGAAAACCUGCCCAAAAACAUUAGUUUUAAUAAAACAAGAAGUUUGUAUAAAGGGAGCUGGGCUUCCUCUGUGUGUCACUGGCACUGAAUACAAUAAAACUGUCACAAACAAAACAUCAAGUGCACUUCAGCCUGACCAGCACAGUCCCUGUGGUGCCCAGGCUGCAGGGCUGAUACACAAAGCCAAGAGCCCUCUGUCAUUGGCAGAAGUGGCACAAGUAAAGGAAAAGUAGCUCUGAAGCUUACUUUUUUCCCCAUAAGUCCAGGAAAAUGCAAGUGGGGGGGAAAAAAAAAAAAAAAAGUACAGAGCAAAAGAGGCUGUAGCAGAGGGAUCUGGAAAGCUUCAUUCAGCUUCCACUACCUGAACUGCACUUAAAAUUAACCUCCAACAUUUUCCUUUUUUACCUAAGCUGUACCUCUUAAUGAUUGUCAUUGAAACGUUAAUGACAGAAAAGCAGGCAAAGCUACAGAAUGCCACUCCAUGCAGCUGUAGAAACAUCCUUAAAGUUGGAUUACUAGAAAAAGAAAGAAAAAAAAAUCCCUGAAAUUCAGCAAGGGAAGCACACUCUUUAAACACCAGCUGUUAAUAUUUCUAAAGGAACGCAGGCAGGGCACCGUGCAUUAGGUCAGCAAAUGCCAACCUGAGCCGUCCCUCCUCGCUCCAGGGCAGCUGAAGGGCUGAGCUGUGGGGCAGUGCAGGGACGGGUGCAGGGCUCUGGCACCUCCCAAAAACCCAGCUUGUUAUAGCCAACCAAUGCCCACAGAUGAGGAACAGGGGAUGUCUCUAUGUUUUAUAUAUAACAUUACACACAUCUUAUAUACACAGGUACAUAAUAAACUGAUACAUACGUGUGUUUAUCUAUUUCUUAAGUACACACUUCAGAUAGUAAGAAUAGUCAAGCACUUCUUGGGCCAGGGCACAAACCCUGCUGCUGCCUGCACUACCACACGUGAGUUAUUCUCACAAAUACACUGCAUUCCAUCUUAAAAAGAAUUGCAGCAUUUUUUAGUCCUUACUCCCCCAGGAAGAAGGCUGCAGAACUUCUGCCAUUUAACGGCCAGGAGUCAUCUCCAAACUGACAGUCUAACACACAUUUAUUACUCUUGCUGCCCUCCUUAAUCGUCCCAGAUGCCCGCACAGACACUGAUCACAGCCUCUUCCUUCCCAUACACCAUCUCACAAGCAUAAAUGAUCUGUGCAGCUUUAACCUUUUAUCCCAAGUCAGCAGUUAAAAGCACUUGGCAAGACAGAGCUCUUUACCACGACUGACCUCAAUAUUGCACAGCAAACCAUAAGAAGGUUGUGCAGGCAUUAUGCCGAUCCAUGCAAUAUAAGUAGUAUUUGGUGUUUUUUUUUUUUUAAAAAAAAAGAAAACAAAAAGACAGGGUACAAGUUUUAUUUACAUUUCUGCUUGAUACACAGACUCUGGUCAGGCACGGAAGGAGAAAAACCAAACGUGUGGUUAGUGCUGUCCAGGUCAUGGACUAUCAUAGAAUCCUUACAGUUGGAAGGGACUUUAAAGGUCAUCUAAUCCAACUCCCCUGCAAUGAACAGACAUCUACAGCUAAAUCAGGUUACUCAAAACAUGAUUAUAGAGGUCUACCUCAAUUACAUAGGACUUCUGGCAGAAGACCCCCAAAAACCUGACUCAGAUACCUUUGUUUGAACUACUUUCCCCACAGCUUGUUUAGAGAUUCCUCAUUCUUCCGAAGGGAUUGUCUGUAAACAGAGGUUAUCUAACAAUUCCUGGUAUGCUGCAGGGGGACCUCUGUAUCCAGAGGGACAGAGCAGGUCUUAGAGGGCAGAAGGCUCUGAAGAAGCAGAUUGUUAGAGCUAGUACAGACUGCAGAACAAAUCUUACUGGGACUCCCUUGCUUCAGCCAGGUCACAGAACGACACUUAACAAUGAAGUUCUUAGAACCAGUCAAAUUCAGUUGUAUCUUAGGCUGUCAUGAGUAAAAGCCAAGUAGUGAGUGUUAGUCUUUAUUGAAUUAUUUCUCCUACUGCAUGCGCACAUCCUGCUGAUACGUGGGAGUGGAUGAAGGAAAUUAAAAGAAAAGCAAUUUCCCUGCAAGGCAGGUUUUCCUAUACUCAACAAGCUACAUGCUCAUCAUACUGAGCUUUAAUUAACCAGGAUGUUUUAGUCAGAAAAAAUAAGCUACCAUGCCAUUAAAAGCCAUGUUGAUGUUCACAUAUAUUCUUCUCCUAAUUUUAUAUUCAGCAGUAGGAUAGCAGAGAUAGAAGCAUGCAUGCAAUUCCCUCGAGCCUUCAGUUUCCUUCAGGAAGUUAAGGCUGCGAUGAGUCAUAAGCAGGCAGUUAGAACAAAACAGAGAUGCUACAUUUCAAAAAAAUAAGAGUUUAACCCUUGAACUUUUCAAGCAAUCCUGUCGCAAUACACAAGCAGAGUGAAGACUCUCCAUCCACUCAUAGCUGCACACGAGGGCUUGGCCCAUCCCACCUGCUCCACUCCCGCUGUUCACUCAGGAGCUCAGUGCCAACCUCCAGCUGCCCCACAACCUCAACCUACUUCUCUGUUAAAGGCAGAAGUUGCUGAUGCUCGCAUUCCUCCUCUUCUUCCAGAGCAAUGAGUGCUGGGACCCACAAAAGGAGACAUCUGCAGAUCCAGCACUGCAGCCUGUGCAAGGUUCACCGUGUCCAUGAGCCAUAUUUCCCAGGUGCUCUGAUGCUGAUCCCCCAGCCACUGAAGCUAAAAUCUCCCCAGACAAGAGGCAGUAGAGACAUAAGGUCACAUUCCCUACCAAACUGACCUGAAGCCUGCACAUGCCAUAAGCACAAAAGCAGAAAUAAUUUUGGCCAGGCCCAUCCUGAAGACACGAGCAGCAAUCACCCCAUCACCCCCUGCCAUAGCAGAGGUCCUGGAAAACUCUUAUAUGGAGGGAGGAGAGAAUCUCUCCAGGGAAAGGCACUGGCUGGUAUCUCUGCUUGCGAUCUGCUUACCUCAUGUCCACUGGAGGUCUUCUAGAGAGGGGGAAAGAAAGAAAGGAAAAAAAAAAAAAAAAAGUAAAGGUAAACUUCCCAGGCACAGACAGAACAAUAGGAGAGAAAAUAGCUUUGCUUCCUGGAAACUGGCUGCAAAACAAAACCUCUAAAGCAACAGUAAAAACAUGAACAUUAUCACCAGCCCUUACACAACUCAGCCAUUCUGAGUUGCUUUAUUAAUUUUUCAUUAAAAUCAUUUCAACUGAAACCUAUUAUUCACUGCUAAGACCAAGCUACUACUCUACUACAGCAACAUUAACCUCCAUAAAAUAAUUAAAGGAUGGGUUUUCAGCAAGAGACCUUGUGUGUCACCUCUUUGGAGCUUAAUGUGUCUUUCAAUGGCCUUGAAUAUAAUGAGAUGUUCAAAUAUAGAAAGUUGAGUUACUGCAUUUUCCACUGUGACAUCUAUGCAGCCACAAAGAUCCAACUUCUCAACUGUGUUACUUAUCAUUUACUUCUGACCCUGGGUAGUUGAGAGCAAUCUUUAAGGAAGCUAUCCUUUUAAUCUGCUUUUUUAAUAUUAGCCUUUAAUUACUCUAACAAAAUUGUAGACGAACAAAUUAAAGAACCAAGUCAGCUCUUCUCCUUUGAGCCACAACAUCUCAGAGGAAGGCAUUUUUAGCCUUCUUCACACUCAGAUGAGAAGAGAUCCUUGUCCCAGCACUGUUCUUCUCUCCUUGUAACAUCUCUUUAUUUUUAAUUAACUGCUCUAAGCUCAGAAGUUUUUCCUAUUGCAAUACUUAAUCCACCACCUGACCAUGGUCCAGGUUCUCAAGCAGUAACAAUGUUUGCUUCUUACAGCAACUCACACAAGUGUUCAGGUUAUACCAGGAAAUGCAUCAUUUCUUUGCCUUGGGCAUGAGCACUGUUAACAGACCCAGUUUCAGCCCAGCUGCCUGCAAGUGCAGCAAAGAAACAAAUGCCUGCUAUUAGUCACAUACAAUGGCAUAGAGCACUCCCAUAAAUGAAAAGAGAUACAAUUUCAGUGCAUUAUUAAAAUGAAAUGUUUUAUGCAACAGUUAAGACUGUGCGAUAAACCCAAAGACUAUUAAAUGAAAUCAAUCCUAAUUAAUGCUACCUCAUUCCAUUGAGCCAGCGCUCCCCUACCAUUCCUGCAGAGCUCCAUCCCUCAGUCUGGGCCAUCUCUCGGACCGCAGCCCAGUGCUGCACCCCUGAGAAGCAGAGGGGCACAGAGGCAGCGUGUGGGACAGAGCUGUGGGACAGCUGGUGGCAGAAGGCUGACACGAGGUGGUUUUAAAGCUAAAGGAUGUGCUGAUUGAGUACGUCAUGCCUGCUUGCUCCUGCCCAGUUUUGCAGGCAGAAGCACAGCAGCCCGGCAUGGCAGCCCUGUGUGGUGGUGGGUGGGCAAGUGACGGCAGAGAUAGGGAGCGUAGCUGCAAGUCUGUGAGAGGAUGCCUUGCUCCCUGAGGCCUCUGCACAACUCCACUCCUGCUGAAUUUGUCUAGAAACUCCACUGCCGGGAGCAGGCAGGGAUGGAGCGCAUAGCAACGCCUGGCUGAGUGGCGCCCAGCUCCUGCCUCACUUGGCCUUGGCCACAGCUCCUUCGAUCCCGCCCACUGCCUUCCAGCAGCACCAAGCACAGAGCGCUGGCACUUCCAGACCAGCGGCAUUGAGUCAUCACACACUCUUAAGAUCACUGAAAAGAAGAACAAUUUUCUUGCACGGAUCAUCUUUAAGAUCUUUAAGGUCAGUUCUACAUCAGCAGAGCGUGCUGGGAGAAAUACCGCGUAACUGGAGCGCUUCCUGCAGACCUGCA